UGCAAAAAAGGAAUCUGAUCUUAAUGGAGCCCAAGUCAAACUUCGAGAGUUUGAAGCAGCCCUCAAUUCUAAAGAAGCUGCACUGGCCACAGCUCUUGGUGAUAAGAAAAGCCUGGAGGGAGAACUUGAGGAUUUAAGAGAUCAAAUUGCACAGCUUGAGGUUUCUUUAGCUGCUGCCAAGAAACAGCUUGCAGAUGAAACUUUAAUGAAGGUGGAUCUUGAAAAUCGCUGUCAGAGCCUCAUUGAGGACUUGGAAUUCCGUAAAAAUAUGUAUGAGGAGGAAAUUAAUGAGACGAGAAGAAAACAUGAAACUCGCCUAGUUGAGGUUGAUUCUGGGCGUCAAAUUGAGUAUGAACACAAACUGGCCCAAGCCCUUCAUGAAAUAAGGGAGCAGCAUGACGCACAAGUGAAACUGUACAAAGAAGAGCUGGAACAGACUUAUCAUGCCAAACUUGAGAAUGCUAGACUGUCCUCUGAGAUGAGCACUUCGACAGCCAACUCGGUAAGAGAAGAACUGACAGAAAGUCGCAUGCGGAUUGAAAAUCUGUCUUCCCAGCUUGCCAGUCUUCAGAAAGAGUCUAGAGCAUGGCAAGAUAGAAUGCAAGAGCUUGAGGACACCUUGGCUAAGGAAAGGGAAAACUGUCGCAAAAUGCUGUCUGACAAGGAGAGGGAAAUGGCAGAGAUAAGAGAUCAGAUGCAGCAGCAGUUGAGUGACUAUGAACAACUUCUGGAUGUUAAACUGGCCCUGGAUAUGGAAAUCAAUGCAUACCGGAAAUUGCUGGAGGGUGAAGAAGAGAGACUGAAACUUUCUCCAAGUCCAUCUUCUCGAGUGACAGUUUCACGGGCUUCAUCGAGCCGUAGUGUACGUACAACCAGAGGAAAGAGAAAGAGGAUCGAUGUAGAAGAAUCUGAAGCCAGCAGUAGUGUCAGCAUCUCCCACUCGGCUUCUGCCACAGGAAACGUCUCUAUUGAAGAGAUAGAUGUCGAUGGGAAAUUCAUCCGUUUGAAGAACACCUCUGAACAGGAUCAACCUAUGGGAGGUUGGGAGAUGAUCAGAAAAAUAGGAGACACUUCUGCUACUUACAAAUAUACCUCAAGAUAUGUACUGAAAGCAGGCCAGACUGUUACAAUUUGGGCUGCAAAUGCUGGAGUAACUGCUAGCCCUCCCACUGACCUCAUCUGGAAGAACCAGAAUUCUUGGGGCACUGGUGAAGAUGUGAAAGUUGUACUGAAAAAUUCUCAGGGAGAGGAGGUUGCUCAGAGAAGCACCGUCUUUAAAACAACUUUACGCGAAGGUGAAGAAGAGGAGGUCGAGGAAGAAGAAGCAGUUGAAGCUGUGGAGGAGGAAGACCUUUUUCACCAGCAGGUGUCAUGUUAAAUGCUCUUUUAAUUUUUUUU